AUGGAGGUCGAGCGCGACGUACCUGAACUGCGGGCGCGCGGCAACAUGGGCCCACCGGCGAAGAAGACGGUAUCCGCUGCUGCCGUUUUCAGGAACCAGGGUGCUUUCAGGGAACAAGGCAACCUCACACAUGCCAGCGAUAAGUACCGUCGCCAUCUCUACAAGACAGCUUCUUCCAGGAUCAACAAGACCCUGGAAAAGCUUCUUCAUACCCUCUACGAAAGUACCCUGCAGACCGUUACUCGCAACAGUAACCAAAAGGACCUCAUUAGCUCGCCCCUCAAGAUUUCUGCCCCAGCAAAGUACGAGCGCCUAGCCACUCAGCUCUACCAACCCAUCUCUCAGUUCACCCUAUCACUUAGGCGCACUGACAGUGAGGGAAAGAGUGUACGUCUUGAUCAGACACUUGAGACUCGCAUGAUCCACUACGAUGAGUUGAUCACUAAAGAGACGGCCAAACUAGCGAAGUUGCAGAAGGAGUGGGAGGUUGUUCUCGGCGAGAUCUGGAAGCUAGGAGCGGCAUGUCUAGGCAAGGAGGCUAUGGAAGAUAUGCUAUUUACCAAGCAGCCAUCGGACGGAUCGGUCUUACCUGUUUCAUCUUCGCCAUCGAAAGUCACUGAAGCCGAAUCCACGCUCUUCGUUUCCGAGCACGAGAGUUCUCCAGCACAGGACAAGUCUCGUACCAACCGGAAGCGCGUUACCUUCCUCGAAGAAGAAAUAUCAACAAACGUCCGUGACAAAAACGCCGUCAUUCCAACGACCAUGUUUCCAAAGUUCAUAUACCAGCCCUCGAGGUAUCGCAAGGACACCCUGCCUCUUCCAACAAGGCUCCCUGAUGAUGACAUCGAAAACCUAGACAAGAAGGUGAAAGAACUGGGCAGGCAAGAAUUGAGUGACAUGCGUGAAAUUGAAAAGGAACAUCAGGCGUACUGGAAGAAGAAGACGGCACAACUUGCUGUUGCGCUGAAGAGUGACUGA